AUGUGUACGGUUGAAUAUACAAGCAACUUUGACUCCGGCCACUUUAAACGCUCUUCUGAUGGUUACUUUCGCUAUGGAAUAUUUGGAAUAAUUGGGAGACAGUGGUGCUAUGCAGAUAACUGGCAUGAAAUGUUUUUCGACUUCUGUGAUGUCACCUGUGACGCACUCCGAGAUGACGAUAUCACUGAUGAUAUUAAUUGUGCUAAGACAAUUCUUCGUUUCAGUGAUGCGACGAUGGACAUAUGGGAAGCCUUCAGGAAUAACUGCACAAACACGGAAAUCCGACGGUAUGACAUAGAUUGUGCUUAA